UUGUUGUUCAGCGAGCAUCAUCCAUCCGUCUAUCUUUAUUGUCAGCACACCAUACUGUGCACGACGCUAUGUCCAUGUGACAACAAGUUUUGGACUGAAAAACAUUGCUUGUGGUGAUUGUCCCUCAAAUUCGCAACCAUGGCUAUGUUAGCAGAGAAAAGGACGAAGACAAGAUAUUACUUACACAACAAGGCUCUCAACCCCCGAGGAAAUGCGUGGUGUGAAGAUUCAAGCAAAUUUGGUCAACGAAUGCUCGAGAAAAUGGGCUGGGCUGAAGGUAAAGGAUUAGGUGCAAAAGAAGACGGCUCCACUGACCCAGUUACAGUUUCAUAUAAGUGGGACAAUAAAGGCAUGGGCUUCAAAGGUGCUGAUGGGGACGAGGCAGUGGCCCAACAAAAAGAUUUUGAUGCUCUUUUAGCUACGCUUUCGCAGGAUUCUUCUCCUGAUAAGAAAUCUAGAGCCAUUCCUGACAAAUCCCCUAAAUCUCUUGAAUUAAUGUCUCAAAAAUCACGUGCAAGAGUCCACUAUCACAAGUUCACUAGGGGGAAAGAUCUUUCAAGAGCUAGUAGCAAAGAUUUGGCAAGCAUAUUAGGAAUGGCUACUGAAGUUCAAACAUCAACUCCAGCUUCUACUGGGCCUGUUGUUACACCUGACGUUGGACCUCCUAUUGAGCAAAAUCUUGUUACAACAUUUGGAAUUACCACCAUUGCUCGAGGCAAUAUCAAUGAGUACUUUAAACAAAAGUUUGAAGAACGAAAAAGAAAAAUGGCAGGUUUAGAAACUGAAGAUUGUUCCAAAAAAAUCUGUAUUCCUGAUGAAACUACCAAUGGAGUAGUCACUGAGACAAAUGAGCCUAUCAAUGACAAUAUUAAUCCUGACAAUACCAUUAGAAAGAAGAAGAAAAAGAAGAAAAACAAAAAUGAUGAUGAAAGUGUGAUUGAAUGCGAUUCCUCAACUGUGUUGAAUGAUACUCUUCUAGAUGCAGGUGAUUUGUCUACUUCCAAAAGUAGGAGGAAGAGUGUAACGUGGGGUGAUGUAGAGGUUUCUUUUGUAUCAAAGUACAUUAAAGAGAUGGUGGACACAUCCAGUGAUUCUGUAUGUGGUGAGUCUGACACCCUAGUUACAGCAGAAGCAGAAGAUACAUCCAGCACUGUUGGCAAGAAAAAGAAAAAGAAGGACAAGAAGAAAAGCAAAGAUGAAUUUGCUUAUGAAUCGAUAGAGCCAAACAGUGAGGUCAGCGAGGUGGUUGCAGAGGAAUCAAACUCACCUGGCAAGAAAAAGAAAAAGAAGAAGAGGAACAAAGAAUCAUCACUGUGCACUGAUGAGAGAAUCAACUAUGAGUCUCAGGAGGAUUCAGGUGCGGAGCUAAUCAAUGGUUUAGGAGGAACAGAAAGAGAAGACCCUCCUAUCAAGAAAAAGAAGAAAAAGACUACUGAUAAACAGGAGGAAAACAGAAAGGUUGUAGACAGUUCUGAGAGUCUUGAAGCAGCAAUCACUACUGACACGUCACUUAAAAAACAGAAAAAAAAGAAGCUGAAAAUGUUGUCUGAGGAUAUACAUGUUUUCCCUGAAAGCAAUGAUCAAUCUGAGUGUGAUAAUGAUAAUGCACUGGUUUCAACUAAAAAGAUGAAAAAUAAAUCUAGACAAAUUGACUACGUAGAUGAUACAGCCUCUGAUAAAAUUGUUGAUAACAAAAACAAGAAGAGGAAAAGAAGGGAGUGUGAUGAAUCAAUUUUAGAUAAUUCAGUUGAUGGAAACCCUCAACCUGAAGAAUACUUACAGGCCAAGAAAAAGAAGAAAAGGAAGAAGGAAAUACUUGAAAGUGACAGCUGUCCAGAAAUUCCAUUAUCGGGUCAGAAUGGUAAUGACAAUGUUUCUUCCGAAGUACCUACUGAUACAAAUAGCAACAACAAGGUAAAGAAAAAAAAGAGCAAGAAUUCAAUAGUUGACUCAGAAAUUGCCCUAGGUGACAGUGAAACUGUUCCUAAUGUUACAGAGCAACCAGCUCUCUCUGCACUAACACAAGAAAGAAUGGCCAAGUGGAAGGACCGCAGAAAAACUAAGGAUGGAAGAAAUCCCUCUGGAGAGAUGGUCUCUGAUAGUUGCAAAAUUGAGAUGCCUAAGACAGCUAAAAUAGAAUAUAAUCCUAAUCAACCAACACAGGAUUACAAUCACCGUAAAGUCCUAUCUGCCCUGGGUUAUAAUGUGAAAGGAGCUAUUGACAAGACAAUCACUGUAAGAAUGCCUGAAUCAAAUUUCUCUGGCUCCAAUCUUGAUGCCAUUCCAGGAUAUGGACAGACAAUUAAAACUUGUUAGUCUAAAAAUGGAGAUCUCUAAUUUUCUUAUGAUUAAUUUAAAGCGUCAAUGCUGUUGUAUGACAGACAGUUUGAUCAAGAAUGUGAUAAAAAUUUCAAUGAAAUAAAUUUUCAUUCAACUAUA